ACAGCUGAGGAUUUAUCGAAAAUGGAGCAUGUGAAAAACGAAAGCAUUGAGCUUAUACAAAAGCUUGUAAAUCUAAAUGUAACUGAAAAUGAGGAGGAAAUCACGGCAUUACUCAAAAACCUACGAUUAUUGCUCACGAAAGGAAGAGAAAAUCAAGAGGCUUUGGCAGGUAGUGCGGAGUUCUCCAUCUUCCUCGAUGCCUUGGCUUUUAAUCCAGCGAUGCGGACAGACCAUCGUAUUAUACACAACUUAUCCCUCCAAGUGUUAGCAAAUAGUGUGGUUAAUAAUGAGACUACCCAAACCCUCACCUGGAAUAAGCACGGCUCAAAGAUUUCCGAACAAGCUUCCGCAGUUCCACUGGGCAGCUCGAAUAAUGUACUGCUCAUGAUCAUGUACAAUAUUUACCUCAGUGGCCGUGGUCUCAUUAGUGACCAGGUGGCGCUCCAAACAUGUGUUCGGCUAUGGCGAGCUCUAAACGAGGGUCAAUGCACAUACAACUUUGAGUAUCUGCACUUUUUCCUCGAGCAUUUUAUCGUGCAGAAUGGCCGUGCCUGUGUGGCUUGUUAUCAGAAGCUGGAGACUGAGGAUCGGGUUUCGUUUCUAGACUAUGUAGCUCACUAUCUAAGGGAAAACAGUCCCAAUGGUGAGGUGACUCUCUUUCUGCUACAACACUUUGCCAAGGAAUUCCGCCUUAAAUCUGAUUGUCUCCUGCGUGAAACUCUUAAGCUUAAACAUGAGCUCCACCCUCGAGAAGUUCACACUUUGCUACGCAUUAUUGCCAGCGCCAGUGGCUCUGAAAAGUAUGCAAAUGUCUACUCUACGGACCAAUCGCUAUUCAUAAACGUUAGCAGCCUGCUAAGGUGUGUGGUAUCUGCCGGCAAGGAACCAGAUGGAGGCGGACUGGAUAAACCCAUGACAAAGCUGGAAGAGGUGGCGCUAACUUCAGGAAUUGAUGCCCAAUAUGAAAAAAAGGUCUCAUACGAACUGAAAACGCUUCUUGUGCGCUGCUGUGCCAAUCUUCUAUACGACAACAAAGCCAAUAAAGGUUACUGCCUGGAUACACAACUUCUACCCACUCUGCUGGAAUGCACAACGAUGGAUGCUCGAAAUCCUUUAAUGCGAGAAUGGAGCAUCUUGGCCAUCCGGAACGCUUGCAUCAACUGCCCUGAGGCACAGCAAGUGAUUGCUGGCCUCACUAUGCAGGGCUCGGCACCCAACGACAUCCUUACCGAACUCAACCUGGAUAUGGGGGCGCUUCGCAUAUCCGACAGGCAAUAAUCGCUCACCUAGCCAAUUAACAGCAUCCAUCUACCCAUACGGAAUCAGCAAACGAGGCACGACCACUGGCUGGCCAACAAGUGGUUAGAUGUUAUUCACACACACGUCAUCCUCCGCCCAGUCGUUGCCCCCCUUUUUGAGGCUGUACAAUGCGCUAAUGGUAUGCCAACAGAUAGCCAACGGCAUUCAUAAACGCGAUGUCAACGUUUAAUGGCAAAGCGGAGGGAAAUGUGUCGGACGGCUAGCGUGGCUAGCGAAGAUAUAAAAAUAGCUGCCCAUGUACCAUGCUCUGUGUACCAUUAAAAAAGAGAUGCCUAAA